CUCGGCGCUCUUUCCUAUAGUCUGGUCCCCAGACCUGCUCAAUCGCCUGCCGUUACCGAAAGCAUCAAGAUGAGUCUAGCGGAGAGUCGAGCUCCGCGGAAAACAGCGGGAAACCGCAUGUCUGGCCUGCUGGAUGCAGAGGAAGAGGACGAGUUCUAUAAGACCACAUAUGGUGGCUUCAAUGAGGAAUCUGGUGAUGAAGAAUACAACGAAGAUCGCUCUGAGAGUGAGGAUGAAGUGGAUUCAGACUUUGACAUUGAUGAAGGCGAUGAGCCAACCAGCGACCAUGAGGAGGAUGAGCCUAAGAGAAAGCGGAGAGUGGUGACCAAGGCGUACAAGGAGCCAAUCAAGCUUCUUAAACCCAAGCCGAAACCCAAAGCGGAUGCCUCCAGCAGCGUUGCACAGAAAAGCCGUCCAGAGAAGCCUGCUCCCCAAGAGACGCCUGAAGAUGUUGGGGACAGCCGCAAGCACAUGCGCCAGUCCACUACAGAGCACACACGGCAAACGUUUUUACGCGUGCAGGAAAGGCAGGUGCAGUCACGCAAGAAGAAAGGGCCUCACCCGGACAGACCGCUGACCCAGGAGGAGCUGCUGGAGGAGGCGAAAAUCACAGAAGAAAUCAAUAUACGCUCCCUGGAGAACUACGAGCGACUGGAAGCUGACAAAAAGAAGCAGGUCUUAAAAAAGAGACGCUGCACGGGCCCAACGAUCCGCUACCAGUCUGUGGCCAUGCCGCUUAUCACUGAAGUAACCGUGAAGGAGGAGAAUGUAGACGUGGAAGGCCUGGAUCAGGAACACACAGGAGACUCAUCCACAACAGCUUCGUCAAGUAAAUGUUCCCGCACCUUCAUCACUUUCACCGACGAUGAAACCUUUGACCGCAUGUUUCCGAAAUCCAAGCAGGCCAAGUUACCCGUCCGAGAGCUGUGUCCCGUCACCCACAAACCUGCCCAAUACAGGGAUCCCAUCACAGACAUUCCUUAUUACAACGCCCGUGCCUUCAAAAUCAUCCGCGAGGCGUACAAAAAAUACAUCACAGCGCAUGGGCUCCCAAGUGCUGCGAUGGCAGCGGCGAUGGGACCCACCGCACCGUCUGCUGACCCAAACCAGCGGAACACCCGCCAAAAAAUCAUCAUCAAGCAAGGUGUUCAGGCAACGUAAUUAAGGAGGAUUACCGGCCUGGUGUCUUUGCAUUUGGGACUUAUUAAUUUCUAUUUACUUCCUUCCGUUUUGCGCCGGUGGGAUCUUUGAAGGGCGAUGUCGAGAUUCUUCGAGGAUACUUUGUUUGGUUCUUACAUCCAAAGGCCCACUCAACCUGAGCUCUACCCAAAUAGUUGUUAAUGUUCCAAAGAUCUGUGUUUUUCCCCCUAUUACUAUGAACCUCCCGAAACCGUAUACCUCAUUCCAGGCUCGGUUAAUUUUAAUUGUUGUCCAACUAACGAUGGGUUUUUUUUUUUCACGUGUUUCUGCCGCCGUGGUGGCCUUUCUUAAAAGGGUUGAUGCAGCCACCCAGGACAGUUGUCUAAUUUGAUGUUUCUGUAAUGGUGGCUGGGGGCUAUGUAUUUAAAGGUGUAUGUGAAAUCUGAUUUUUUUAAUAAAAUUUUGGGGCAUACAAA